GCGAGCUAGUUAGCAAACAUGCGAGUGAAGUUUAUCAAGUGAAAAAGUAGCGUUACUUAACCCAACUGUAAAGUACAUACCACCUUUUUCAAGAUUCACGGAGUUACAACGGACCGAAACAAAAGGUCACAGCCAGUCUGUAACGCUCGAGUGAUGUUCUGCUCUGAACUGAACUGCUGUGUGUGGAAUAUUGCGGAUGGACCAUCAUUCCCCCGGUGUGAUGAGCCUGCAGCCGUCUCCGCUGAUGUGCAGGUCCUUCCGCUACUGUGUCAGCCACUGUCUGUACGCCGCAAUGACUAAACUGGCAGAGGUCAACAAGGAGGUCAGCAUGCUGUCAUCGCUCCGCUGCCUGGGCUACCUGGCCAGCCUCAACCUGCUGGUGGCCAUAUGCCUGGGCCUGUACGUCAGAUGGGAGAAGACGUCAGAAUCCACCAUCCUCGUCAUUUUCAUCCUGGGCCUGUUUGUUCUGGGCAUCGCCAGCAUAUUGUAUUACUACUUCGCCAUGGAAACGGCCAGCAUGAGCCUGUUUCAUCUGUGGUUUGGGUUUCUUCUGGGCCUGCUGUGUUUCCUGAACAGCCCUGCUCUGGUGGAUGAUGUGAAGGAGGAGGCCACCAACUACCUCCUGCUGACCAGCAUCAUCAUGAGGACUCUGUGGGCGCUGGUGGAGAGGCUGUGCGGGUUCGUGCGGUACCGCCCGGUGCUGCUCACCUCGGCCGAGUCCCUGGAGCUGUUGGGCUUCGCCAUCGCCAGCACCACCAUGCUGCUGCACGAGGCCGUCAGCAUCAUCACCCUGGCGGUGGCCCUGGCCGCGCUCAUCGUCGACCUGCGGAUGAAGUCCCUGCUGGCCAUCCCCAACCUGGCCUGCUUUGCCGUGGUCACCUCCGUCAUGUUCUUCCGCUCGCUGGGCAUCUCCACCAACGCCUUCGCCCUGGCCUGCUUCCUCAGCCGGCUGCUCUGCGGCCCCCUGCUGGACGUCUACUUCAGCGGGCUGUCGGUCACCGAGCGCUGGCUCCCCCUGCUGGCCCGGGGCCGCCUGUGGCGGCGGCUUUCGGUGCUCCCGCUGGGCCUGGUGGAGCUGGCCUUCUUCUCCGCCGCCGCUGCCCGGCUGGGCGACCUGGGCCACUGGUACCUGGUGAUCCCGGGGUUCUGCGCGGCAGGGGUCUUCUGGGCCGUCUGCCACACCAUCUUCAUCAUCACCCUCUGGGGUUUCCACACUAAGCUGAACGAGUGCCAGAGGGUAUACCAGGCCCAGACGGCCGGCGGCCGCAGCCUGGACAGAGUGAUGGCCUCCAAGGGCAUGCGCCACUUCUGCCUGAUCUCAGAGCGCCUGGCGUUCUUCAGCUUAGCCUCCACCGCCCUGCUGGGGGCAGUGUCCUGGCAGCCCACUCACGGGAUGUUCAUGAGCGUCUUCCUGCUGGUGCUGCCUGUGGAGUCGCUGGUGCACGGUCUGUACCACGAGCUGGGAAGCUGCCUGGGCGGGACCUGUGUGGGCUACGCCGUGGUCAUCCCCACCAACUACUGCAGCGCUGACGGCCAGCCCACGCUGCUGCCCCCGGAGCUGGUGCAGGAGCUGAACCUGCGCUCCACGGGCAUGCUGAACAGCGUGCAGCGCUUCUUCUCACACCACAUGAUCGAGACCUACGGCUGCGACUACUCCACCAGCGGCCUGGCGCUGGACGCCCUGCAGGCCAAGCUGCGCGCCUUCCUGGAGCUGCGCACCGCCGACGGGCCCCGGCACGACACCUACGUGCUGUACUACAGCGGCCACUCCCACAGCUCCGGGGAGUGGGCCCUGGCAGGCGGGGACACGCUGUGGCUGGAUGAGCUGCUGGAGUGGUGGCGGGAGAAGAACAGCGGUUUCUGCUCGCGUCUCAUCCUGCUGCUGGACAUCGAGCACGCGCAGCCCUGGGUGCAGGAGGUGCGGCGCGUGGACGAGCUGUACGUGGCCGUGCAGGGGGCCGAGCUGUCCCCCCCUGCCGCCGACGUGGAGGAGUCCGACCCGCCCCAGCUGGGCGACUUCACCGCCGACUGGGUGGAGUUCAACUGCGACCCGGACAGCGGCGUGCGGUGGGCUGAACCGGGGCGGGGUGGGAGGCGGGGCCGGGGCGUGGCCGCCGUCUACGGCGUCUCCAAGCGCUGGAGCGACUACACGCUGCACCUGCCCACGGGGAGUGACGUCAGCAAGCACUGGAAGACCUACUUUCCCCGCGCCACCUACCCGCUGGUGCACCUGGCCAACUGGUGCGGCGGACUCAGCCUGCUGUGGCCCUGCAGCCUCUGUCUGCGCUGCCUGCGCAGGUUCAAGCUCACCUGGUUCCCCCCGGCCGUGCUGGACACCGGCCAGGGCUUCAAGCUGGUCAGAUCCUGAAAAAAGCCCUGCUGCUGUUCUCUCAGGGGACCA